AUGCGUGAAGUUUCCAAUUUCAGAUAUGGUGCAGCGAUAUUUUUCUUGAUUUGGUACAUCGUCAUUUCCAUCGUGGCAAACAUUGGUUUCAUUGAAAUACUACUAAAAUUCAGCCAUCGGACUCUUCUAUCCACCAAAGUUAAACGAAGUCGCUAUAAAAAGGAAACACCAGGGGAAGAAGUAAACGAUGGAAAAUUGACAUACGAAGGAGUUACCAUAAUACGUCCCAUAAAAGGAAUUGAUCCUGAACUUAGUUCGUGUCUUGAAUCGUCGUUUGUACAAAAUUACCCUCUGGAUAAGAUCCAACUUUUGUUUUGUAUUGAUGAUCCAAACGAUCCUAGUGUUCCAAUCAUUAAAAAAUUGAUUGCUAGAUAUCCCACCAUCGAUGCAGAAAUCCUUGUCAGCAACAAUUUCAACCCUGAUUCCAAAAGUAGCAGCGAGCAUUAUGGACCGAAUCCAAAAGUCAAUAAUUUGGCCAAAGGGUUUCUCAAGGCCAAAUACGAUAUUUUGUGGGUGAUGGAUAGUAACGUUUGGGCCAGCUCAAACAUUUUGCGAAAUUCGGUAUUUACAAUGAAUAUGAACUUGAAUAAUGGGCGCAAAGUCGGGGACAAACGACCAGUCAAAUUGGUGCAUCAUGUGCCGUUGGCGUUUUGUAUUGAUUCGAUUAGUGGAAGGGGAGGAGAUGAUAAUGCGAUGGAUUUAGAAGGGAGUGUAACACCAACGUAUUCAGAGGAUGAUUCCGAUUAUGCAUCAGUCACUUCACAAAACUCAAACUUGACAAAUAGAAAACUUUCCCAGACGGCACAGCUCAAUAUUGAUCAUCCUCUGGGUCAUGGUUGUAAUAACAAUGGCAAUUACUCUAGGAAAUUGCUUGGGGCAAAGUUAGAUGAAAUGUUUCUCCAUUCAUCACAUUCAAAAUUUUACGUUGCUUUAAAUAACUUAUCAAUUGCCCCUUGUGUCAAUGGAAAAUCCAACAUGUAUCGAAAAUCCGAUUUAGACCAAGCAGUUAAACUCAUCCCAUAUAAGAACUCGCCCUUUUUCCGUGAUGCAAAAGUAAAGUCUGAUGCUGCCGCCUAUACGUCUUUGGGCUUGGGACACGCCAUCAAAUUUUUUGCUCGAUACAUUGGUGAAGAUAACAUGAUUGGUAUUGCGCUAUGGGAGAAUUGUAAUGGGCGAACAGGUUUAACUGGAGAUGUUGUCGUGCAACCAUUAAGCCGACACGACAACACAGUGCAAGAUUAUAUGCAACGUCGAGUGCGAUGGUUGCGAGUGAGAAAAUACAUGGUGUCAUUGGCAACUUUUAUUGAACCCACGACUGAGUCAAUCGUAAGUGGAGUGUAUGGAACUUUUGCCAUGUCGACAUUGUUUUUCCAUCGAUGGUUUUCGAUCAAGUGGUUUCUAUUGCAUAUGGGUUUCUGGUGCUUGUCAGAUUUUAUUCAGUACAAUGUGCUAAUCAACCAUGUCAAGUCAACUGCAUCAGCUAAUGUAACUUAUUUACCACGAUGGAUGGAUGACAUACACGUGGUAAAGCUGGUCGGAGAGGUCAUUGAGUGGUUACAAGUUUGGCUUUUACGAGAAGUUUUGGCAUUGCCAAUUUGGUUUAUUGCCAUGUUCGGACAUGAAAUUGAUUGGAGAGGAAGACCAUUCAAGAUUAAAAAGGAUUUGACUGCUGAGGAGUUGUGA